GAUGGCGCGCUCGUUUUGCUGCUCCGCGCGGCUGAGCGGGCGGAGAUUCCCCGGUACACUGCCCCAUCUCUGGGUCUUAGCGUAACGCCAACGCGGAAGUGUGCAGCUGGUCCCAGGAGCAGUCUGUAAGAGCCAUCGGUAGCUGAUAUGGACUUGUAAAUCCACACAGUAUCCAGAUGCUGGGCAGUGGGGAGCACUUUCAUCUGCAGAAGCCAGUAUUAUUAAUUGAAAAAAUUGAGAAUGAUGACAUCGGGAGGAAGACCCUGAAGAUCACGGAUUUCGGCCUAGCCAGGGAGUGGCACAAAACCACAAAAAUGUCAGCAGCGGGCACAUACUCUUGGAUGGCUCCUGAGGUCAUCAAAUCAUCUCUCUUCUCUAAAGGGAGUGACAUAUGGAGUUAUGGUGUCUUGCUGUGGGAGCUGUUGACAGGAGAGGUGCCGUAUCGGGGGAUAGAUGGCCUCGCAGUUGCUUAUGGUGUGGCAGUCAACAAGUUGACCCUUCCAAUCCCAUCCACCUGCCCUGAGCCCUUCGCCAAGCUCAUGGAAGGUAAAUUAAGAAGGUACACGUGGAAUGUUGGAAAGCAUGUCUAGU